AGAUGGGAUCGAAACAAAGCAAGGCGGGGUCGGUCGCCACUCCGGUGCGCUUCCGCAAGAUUCCGGACACCUUUGAGACUUAUGAGGAGCUCGAGAGAGCGUUGCGCGCCGCUGGUUUGGAGUCGUCGAACCUGAUCAUUGGCAUUGACUACACCAAGUCCAACACGUGGACUGGUCAACGUACAUUCAACGGCAAGUGUUUGCACGCCAUUGACCCUACCGAACAGACGUGGAAUCCAUAUCAACACGUGAUUUCAAUCAUGGGACGGACGUUGGAACUCUUUGACGACGAUAAACUCAUCCCCGUCUUUGGGUUUGGGGACGCGACCACCGGCGGCAGCGCGUGCUUUCCCUUCUUGCCUGACCAGCAAAAGUGCCACACCUUCGCCCAGGUCUUGGCUCGGUACAACCAAAUCACACCCGGCAUCAAUUUGGCAGGUCCAACGAACUUUGCGCCAAUUAUCCGCGAGGCCAUCAACAUCUGCCAGCACAACCGGUCGUAUCACAUCCUUGUGAUCAUCGCAGAUGGGCACGUGAACAACCAGGACGAAACGCUCCGCGCCAUCGUCGAAGCCUCGGCGUAUCCUCUGUCGAUUAUCAUGGUCGGCGUGGGUGACGGUCCUUGGGUACUCUUGUAUUCUAGAGUAUAUUAUGUAAAUAUCUAAUGUCGGAUCAUGUAUCCUUAGGACAUGAUGGAAAAGUUUGACGACUGCCUGCCGGCCCGCCGCUUUGACAAUUUCCAAUUCGUCGAGUACGCCAAGAUGAUUCGGUACAACCGGGUCAACCCCGACGUCGGCUUUGCCACCGCCGCCCUCAUGGAGAUCCCAGCCCAAUACAAACUCAUUCGCGACGCGGGCAUGUUGUAAUCGACGUGGAAGUAGUAGCCUCAGAUGACAUUCGCAAUGUUGAGUACAUAGUGAUGGUCGGGAUAUGGUUAAUGGAAAAAUAGUACUUUAAGGUUUGUCACGAG